AUGGCAGGUAGCGGGGGUCUGGGCGGCGGGGCCGGGGGCGGCCAGGGCGCGGGGUCCGGACCAGGGGCCGCACCGCGGGCUCCGCGAGUCCCGCUGUUGCUCGUGGCGCUGGUUCUUGGCGCCUUCUGCUUCUGCGCCCUCCCGGGCCGCUGCCCACUGGCCGCCCGCGCCCCCGCGCCGGCCCCCGCGCCCGCCUCGCCGCGCCUCGCCGCCUGCGGUCCGCGAGCGCCCAGCCUCCCGGUGGCCAGCGGCCCGGGCCGCCGGCGCUUCCCGCAGGCACUCAUCGUGGGCGUGAAGAAGGGCGGCACGCGAGCGCUGCUUGAGUUCCUGCGGCUGCACCCCGACGUCCGCGCGCUAGGCUCCGAGUCCCACUUCUUCGACAGGUGCUACGAGCGCGGCCUCGCCUGGUACCGGAGCCUGAUGCCACGGACCCUGGACGGGCAGAUCACUGUGGAGAAGACCCCCAGCUACUUUGUGACGCAUGAGGCCCCUCGCCGCAUCCACAGCAUGUCCCGGGACAUGAAGCUGAUCGUGGUGGUACGGAACCCGGUGACCCGGGCCAUCUCCGACUACGCCCAGAUGCUCUCCAAGACGCCGGGCCUGCCCAGCUUCGGCGCUCUGGCCCUUGGCCGUGGCCCGGGCCUGGUGGACACGGCCUGGAGCGCCGUGCGCAUUGGCCUCUAUGCCCAGCACCUGGACUGCUGGCUGCGCUACUUCCCCCUGUCCCGCUUCCUGUUUGUCAGUGGUGAGCGCCUGGUCAGCGACCCAGCCAGAGAGCUGGGCCACGUGCAGGACUUCCUGGGCCUCAAGCGGGUCGUCACUGACAAGCACUUCUACUUCAAUGCCACCAAGGGGUUCCCCUGCCUCAAGAAGGCCCCGGGCAGCAGCCGCCCCCACUGCCUGGGCAGAUCCAAGGGCCGGAACCACCCCCACGUGCCCCAGGCCGUGGUCCAGCGCCUGCAGGACUUCUACCGGCCAUUCAACCACAGGUUCUACCAGAUGACUGGCCAGGACUUCGGCUGGGACUGAGCCAGACCCUGUCGGCCCCACCUGGGGA